AUGAUGCUGCAAACCUCCAGAAUUGCGCUGCGUGGCGCCUUCGCCGCAUCCAUGAGCCGAUCGGCUACGCGAGCCUUCUCGACGUCGAUGGUGCAGAACAAGGAUGUUCAGAACAUCACAGUUUUCGGAGCUGGUCUCAUGGGAGCUGGUAUUGCGCAGGUGCUGGCUCACAAGGGCAAGUUCAACGUGACGCUCUCGGACGUCACGGACAAGGCGCUCUCCAACGGUCAGAACAUCAUCUCCAAGUCGCUCGGCCGCAUUGCAAAAAAGUCGAUGGCCGAGGCCAGCGCGGACGAGCAGGCCAAGUUUGUCAAGGGUGUUGUCGACUCGAUCAAGGUGACCACCGACCCUGCAGCCGCCGUCAAGGACACGGACCUGGUUAUCGAGGCCAUCAUUGAGAACGUGGGCAUCAAGAAGGACUUGUUCGGCUUCCUCGAUGGCAAAGCUCCCAGGGAUGCUCUAUUCGCCUCUAACACGAGUUCGCUUUCCAUCACCGACGUUGCCGAGGCCGUCUCAGCUGAGAGGCAAGAGCGCUUCGGAGGCUUCCACGCCUUCAACCCUGUCCCUCAGAUGAAGCUCGUCGAGGUGAUCCGCACCACCAAGACAAGCAACGACACGUUCGACUCGCUGUACGAGGUGGCCAAGCGCAUGGGCAAGACGCCCGUGGCCUGCAUUGACUCGCCCGGCUUCAUCGUCAACCGAUUGCUGGUGCCCUACAUGCUCGAGGCAAUCCGCCUGGUGGAGCGAGGCGAGGCUACCGCCAAGGACGUCGACAUUGCGAUGAAGCUCGGUGCUGGUUACCCCAUGGGUCCCUUCGAGCUGGCUGACCUCGUCGGUCUGGACACCCUUUCGCACAUUGCCAAGGGCUGGAGGGAGACUCGCGUCAAGACGGGUGAGAUCACGGCUGAGGCUGUCUCGGAAUCCAAGCUGCUGGAAGACCUGGUCAAGCAAGGCAAGCUGGGCAAGAAGAGCGGCGAGAAGGGUGGCUUCUACGAGUACCCUGCUCCUGCCAAGAAGUAA